ACAGGUUAGUGGACUGGCACAACUGUCCACAACUGUUCACAAUGCAGAUGCUGUGUGUUGCUGUGGUAGCCGUUGCCGUCCUUGGCGUCGUCUCUGGGUCAACAAUCUCGCCUGACCCAAACUUCGUGUGGGGCAAAUGGUCCACGUGGAGCGAGCGUGUGGGGGAGUGCAGUGUCAGCUGUGGGGGAGGCUCCCAGACUGUGGUGAGGACGAGGAAGUGCCAGGGUGGUCUGAUCUGUAGGCCCAUCAACGGGGGAAAAGAGGAGUACACACAGGCCUGUAACACCAACAGCUGUUCAGGCUUCGCAGUGGAUGGAGGAUGGUCUCCUUGGGUUAGAUGGACCGCCAAUGACGGCGAGGAGUGCUCAGCGUAUUGUGGAGGGGGCAAGAUCAGGCAGUCCCGACAGAGGUCAUGUGACAACCCAAAACCUCAGAAUGGCGGUGCUGACUGUGAAGGAGAGAGUGUGGAGAAACGAGUUACCAACUGUAACAAUCAAGGAUGUGGAGGUUAUUGCCCAAACAGACAAGUGAAGUUCUUCCCCCAUCCUACCAACAGAGGUCGGUACUACCAGUGUGGGAACUACAUUGCUUACCUCAUGAGGUGUCCCAAAGGUCUGGUCUGGGAUGACAGGAUCUGGACGUGCAACUUUGACAACUGAGACGUCCCGCUAACUUGAUGUCACAUGCACAUGUACAUUCAUAAUAAAGCAGAGUUUUCAAAGU